UAUGAAUAUUAAACAGAUAUAACAGUGUCUGGUAGUAGAAUGAUCGUGUUUCUAGUUAUAUUUGUUUUUGGUGCGUCAUUCAAUUUUGUGAGCACAGCAUUCACAUGCGGAUCAAACGAGAUAUACGUAGACUGUCGGCAGAUAUGCCCGCCGCAAUCUUGUAACAUCUCCUACACGGAGUACACCUGUGACCCGCCUCCAGCCUGCGAACCUGGUUGCAACUGUAUUGAGAACUAUCUUAGAGAUGGAAAUGGUGUCUGCAUUAAGAAUGAUGAUUGUCCACCACCACCACAACCAUGUGGAGAGAAUGAAAUACAAUCGGAUUGCAAACAGACCUGUCCCCCGCAAAGGUGUGACUAUGAUCCUAAGAAAUUAGCCUGCAAACCCGGCCCCUGCCAACCUGGUUGCAAUUGUAUAGACGGUUAUCUGAGGAAUUCUGAUGGUUUAUGUGUGGCGAAAGAUUCAUGUCCUAAAGCUCUUCCCGAUUGUGGUGAAAAUGCGACACCUGCAGUGUGUACAAAGCAGUGUCCUCCGCAAACUUGUGCCUCUUUGUUAGUAUCUACUAACAGACCAUGUAUACCUGGUCCGUGCCGUCGAGGGUGUAAUUGUAUAGAUGGAUAUCUCAAAGAUGCUGAUAGCAAUUGCAUUUUGAAGGAAAACUGUCCGAAAAACAUUGCAGAUCAGGAUCAAUCGUCGGUUGGUGAGGAGUCUUAUUGUGAAUCCAGCGUAGCCUCCUCUUCAUCUAGCAGUUCUUUUUCUUCAGUUACCAAUUCUCAGAGCUCAGCAAGCAAUACAGAUAAUACAUACGUUGAUAUCUCAGACACUCCUGAAAACGAAACUGAAGGGACCAAUAGCUGUCGUCAGAAUGAAACAUACGUGUAUUGUAAUGCUGGAUGUCUAACGAACUACUGUCCCACUGAUGAUGGAAGGGGGAUAAUAGCAUGCAGUCUACCAAAACCUUGUCCGCCCGGUUGCGCUUGCCAGGAAAAUUAUAAGAGACUGAGCGUUGACGAUAAUAGGUGCAUUUUGGCAUCAGAAUGUCCUCCAGUGACCUGUACAAGGCCCCACGAAGUGUGGUACCCCUGUCCAGCACCAUGCUUCUCGGAUAGCUGCCGUGAUAUAGGUGUAGAGAGAGAAUGUUAUAGUUCGGGCUGUGAACCACAAUGUGCCUGUGAACAGGGGUACUAUAGAAACGAUAGUGGGGACUGCGUUUUAGAAGAGAAUUGCUAGAGACGUUUCAGACAUACCUACACCUGAAGUA